AUGCAGAGGUACACCCGAAGCCUCCUCUUUGCCUCCCUCAUCCUCUGUGCCACCCUGUCAGAGACCCUGGGACUCAUGUUAUCCGCCAAGGAAAAAAGAGGCUGGACUUUGAACAGUGCUGGUUACCUCCUGGGUCCACAUGCGGUUGAUAACCACAGAUCAUUUAAUGACAAGCAUGGCCUCGCUGGCAAACGGGAGCUACAGGCUGAAGACAGCAUGAAGCCAGGAAACUUUGCAAGACCCAUGGCUGAUGACAACAUUGUGCGUACAGUACUUGAGUUUCUGACAUACUUGCAUCACAAAGAAGCUGGGGCCCUUGAUAAUCUGCCAUCUGCAAUCUCAUCAGAAGAAACAAAUCAGUCCUGAGAGAAUGUGUUUGGGUGUUUUGUCUGGGAUUGUGUGCUUUAAGGUCAAACUUUACAGAGGGCUUUGACAGAAUGGAGUUCAAAGUAUGGCACGGUGCAGUAAUCUACAAACUUAACAAGUAGUAAACUCUUCCUGUCUCUUCUGCCCUUACUAAUGUGAUGCUAGAAUCCAACAUUUUGCUUUCAAAAAUAUUUUACUUUAUGUGAUAAAAUAAAAAAUAGCAAUUGAU